AUCAUGCCGAGACACCUCCUUGUCUUUGUCUCUUCCAGCUGGCACACAAUAGCUUCUCUGAAUACUGAGGACUGGGUGAACGUACAUAAAGUCUAAGAGGGAUAUUCGGAGGAAAAAAACAAGAGGAUUUUCACAAAGUUCAGAAUCUACAUGUCUGCUGAAACAGUCUGGAGCAAUGGAGGCUCCAGAAUUUUCCAUGCUGUCAUCCUUGAGGGGAGAGUUUAAAGCAGAGGAUUAUAUCCACCCCCACUACAAAGAGUCAUAUCGCCUGGCGAUUGAUCGCCUGGUGAGUGAUGGCAGAGACAGUUACCAGGAGUUUCUCAAGGGAGAGCGUAUCGGGAGCUUCCUGUCGGAGGAUGAGCUCAGUUUUAUCACGUCAAAUGCAGAACAGCUUCCACCUCAAAAACACACGGAGGAAAUCAAUGAGCCAUCGGACAGCCAAUCAUCAUCAGGGACUUACUGGCCACUCCACUCGGAUGUGGACACGCCGGAUUUGGAUUUAGGGUGGCCGGAGGUCAUUCAUGAAAAACUGCAGACAAAUAUUGAUCUGCUCUUUCAUCCACCAAGACAAAACAACCCCAGUAUCAAAGACAUGAUCCGUAAGCAGCUUCAGGAUGCAAGACAGGUCAUUGCCAUUGUGAUGGAUGUGUUCACUGAUGUCGACAUAUUCAAAGAAAUUGUUGAUGCCUCUGUGCGAGGAGUUGCAGUUUACGUGCUUCUGGAUGAUUUACAUUUGAAAUGUUUCCUCACAAUGGCAGAAAAUCAUGAUGUAAAAAUUCAACAACUCAGGAACGUGAGGGUCCGCACUGUGAAAGGUCAGGAUUACCUCUGUCGAUCAGGAGCAAGAUUUCAUGGCGCAAUGGAGCAGAAGUUUCUUUUAGUUGACUGCCACACAGCGAUUUAUGGCUCAUACAGCUUUACUUGGUCAUAUGAGAAGAUUCAUCUGAGCAUGGUACAGAUCAUCACAGGCCAUCUGGUGAAGUUGUACGAUGAGGAGUUUCGAACUCUCUACGCCCGGUCGACUGUGCCAGCUGAGCUUAGCCUCCCGGAGGGCUUGUUUCAACAAAACGGGUCAUAUGGACGACAGAUUUUGCCAGCAUCUCAUUCUGGACAGAAAAUUGAAAGGAGGGACAUGCUAAGGCACACGCUGGACACAGUCUAUCGGAAGACCUGUGAGAGGAAACUGGGCCUGAGAGACCUUGAGGAGAGGUUCUUAGAAGAGGAACCAAACAACCUGGGGCCAUUGAUUGAGAAUGGGCUCGGUGCACAGAACCAGAUGUCCCAUUUGCAGUCUUCAGAGGCAAUGAACCUCUUGAAAAGGCACAGCUAUGCAGGGGAGAGACAAGAUGUAUAUAUGCCACAGAACAUCGAGCCCAGGGCAAGCCACUGGAAUAUCUCCAGAGAAACAGGAAAUGGAAUAAACUAUCCCAGGGACAAUUAUUUACAAGUGCCGCAGAUAUACAGAGGUCAAAACAUUUAUAAUGACAGUGACAAACACAUUCUGUCCAUGCAGCAGAAUAUGCCAACACUGGAGAAUACAUCAAAGUCGUUCAUGCGCACAUUGCGGAUCGAGUCUUACCUCAAAAACCCUGACGUCCCAUUCGGAGACUCUUGUGACUAUUUAGACCAGUUUGACGGACAAACGGUCAAAGCUGGUUCUUUCAUGCAGGGACGAACCAGGUCUUCCUAUGUUUUAAGGCCAACUAUACCAGAGCACAUGGAGGCAAACAGAGCAGCACCACACACUCCUCUGCACUACACAUCUAUGCAGUGGAAUCCAACUGCAGCCUGUGAGAACAGAAUAAAUAAUGACGAAUUCAUGAUGAAGGGACAAAGUUCGCAGAUUUUGGAUGACAAUCGCAAUAAUGCAAACUACGGUCCAGGAAUGAACUCUUAUCAAUCUGCUUAUGCCAGUUUAGGCCGAGCUAAAGGUGGACAUAUGAUCACAAACCCUGACAUCCUGACAGACAGUUGGCAGAAAAGGCAUAGCCUGGCAGAUCCGAGAUCAAACACAGAGUACGCACAUGAAUCCUCAGGUCACAUGUAUGCAGCUUUUGCAAGGAUGCCCAUUAAUAGGAGCACAGCAGGGAUCAAUUCUCAGAAUGGUGCAUAUGUGUCAAAUCUGAAUGAAGAUCAAAGGUCUGUCUCUCAAUAUGAUGUCAAGAAUAUCACAGGUACAAUGGGCCCUGGUACCCCCAAAUGGCUGGAACCCCCGUGCAGGACUGUGUCUGCAGCAACUCUGGAUGUGAAAAGCAGGGAUUUGAUGGCUAUAGCCAACAGCAAGGGCUCUCAACCUUUACUCCAGAAGAGCUCCAAGAACAUAAAAUCAAUGCUGAAUAUACCAGAGAAAAAAGAGGAUUUAGUCAGGAAUGUUGAAACGUUAAGUCUCAAUUCAGGUGUAAGCACAGACACUUUAACAGCUGAGGAUGAGGUGAAAAAAUCUGAUGGAUAUCAAAAAGUCCAAAGAAACACAAGUAGCCCAGUCAGAUCCUCCUCAGAGCACCAAAGGAAGUGGCCAAAAGACAGACAUCCAAACUCUUUGAAACCUGAGUUGACGACUAAGGAGUACCAACAUUCACCGCAGGUCCCGACUCGCCCCGAUACAACCAAACAGCAGAAAUCCACUGUUCUGGACAGCCUUGAUACAGACAGAUGGACAAAAAAUGGUGGGGCAGACAGUCGCCUGUAUAGCAGGUUUGAGCCAUUCUGCUCAUUGGAAAAGAAACAAUCUCCACAUGGCUUUGGAAACACACGUUCCCAAGAGAAAACCAAAAGCCUUCCUAAAGCCGACGCAGCUGCCGAACACAGCCUCAACCGGGCUUCACGAGGACACCAUGAAAAUAAGCUGGGGAAGUUUUUUCAUAGGGUGGGAAAUCUCAUACACAAGAACAAGUACUGACUGAUGCAUUUGCAGAACACAUAAUCGUCAAUUAUGACGAAUGGGCACACUGGUAAUAUUUCUAUUUCUAUCAUCGACUGGAUAUAAAGAUGGACGACAUGACAGCUCCCGAACAAUGAAGCCAAAUCAUCGGUGGCUGGCUGCAUUUUAGGUCAUAAACCCACCUCCUCCAUGUUAUGAGAGAUGAACAAAACUAAAAAGUCUAUGUACAGAUUAAGUAAAAUUUUCUCAAAGAUUUUCAUUUCAAAGAUCAUUCUCAUUACACUGUUUGUCCAAGUACUCAUUUGUCAGAUAAGUUUCUUUUUAAGUCUUUAUUUGAUAAAAACAUGAUAAAACAUUAUGAUUGACAGCUGUGAUUGGUCGAGCUCAUGUAUUAGCAGGACCUUCACUCUGGCUCCAAAUUAUGUCAAAAGCCCAUGAUCUGGGAUAUCAAAACGUAAUUUUUGCACAACAGGAGGAAGUGAAGAUGCAUUGUCCAUUCAUAGUCUGUGAUUUGUAUUUAUGCCCUUGAUUUCUUUGUUUAUUUAGCAAAAUACUGUUUACACAUCAACCUCUGCUUCUUUUACUUGUGCACUGAUGAAUACCAGUAAGAGGCGAACAGAGUAUAUUUUAUAUGAAUACAUGCUGUGGACUUAUUAUAGAACAUUAUCUCAAAACUCCUCUUUCAUGCUAUUUAUUUUCCACUUGGGUCAAUCAAGGUAAUGAAUUCAAACGCUGUCAAGGGAUGCUUCGGAUGCAUUGACUCAUAGCUGUGUGAAUGUGUACACUGUGUAUAUCUGCACAAUUUGUCACUGUGGGCAUACCGAUGUGCUGUUGUGUUUCAUUAGAGGAUUCUGACCGUUAAGGUUAAACUGUUGCAUAUGCCUUCAACACAAAAUCUAACCAGGGCUCCACAUGAUGGAAAACAUAUCUGUACGUCAUCACAUCCUUGAUAUUUAUGUGUUUGACAGAGGUUUUAUGAAUGCUAUGGGGGUUGCAAUAAUUUUACAAUGUCUAAUAAAGUUUUGAACUGUUUAUUUUUUCACAUGCUUUAUUGAAACUUUUAAUGACUGGAUUUGAAAACAUACAGUGGUGACAGGGCCCAGCUGGAAGAAAAUGUAAACCAGUCACUGAAGCUUUCCUCUUCAAGAGAAAUCAAAGGUUUUGUUUUAUGUUGUGAAAAUUGUGUCUCACAGUCUAAUUUUAA